AUGUGCACUGUGAGCACACUGCGAGAAAGCCUGCUCUCCUGGCACGGUGCGGGGAGAGGAGCUCCUUCAGGGCAAGGAGACACUCAGAACAGUGCUUUUUUCUCUCCAAGUCAAGAAAAAUCCAGUUCUGGGGUGGUUUCUGCAUCAAACUUAGUCAAAGCAAGCAGCGCUCGGCACAGCCUUGGGCCGGCCUUCACCCACUGUGCUGCGGUAGAACCCACUCCUUCACGCCGAGUGGCGUCCUCUCCAGAAGCCCUCUUUUCAAAGAUCGUUCAGUCCAAAUUCCUUUAUCAGCAGAAAGGGAUUUGGAGUGAGGCGGCCUUGAGCCUGCGCCUGCCCGACCUCCCCCGGACCGGCGUGCGGCCCGCUCCCCUUGCGAAGCUGCCUCGCGCCUUCCCUGUGAAGCCGGCGUGGCUGGCCGGUGAGAAAGGCCCUGGGCUUUACCUUUGCUCCCUUGUUCUCUCUCCCAUAGCCCAUUAUGCUGCUGGAUCCGCUGGCAAUGACACCUUCUCUGGGAAAGGGGAACCCUUUUCUGGGGACCACGGUGCUGAUGAAUUUGAGGUCACCUCAAGAAGUGAGAUGUCCUUAGGAAGCGAGACGUCCCUUGUGAGUGAGAUGCCCUCUGAUAGCGAGCUGUCCUCGGAGGUCGACUAUGACUAUGCGGAAGACUAUGAGAUUGAAACGCAAAUAUCUGGCUAUCUCGUGGAUGAUUCGGUCAGAGUUGAACAGGUAGUUAAGCCCAAGGAAAAUAAAACAGAAAGUGAAAAUACUACAGAUAAACCCAAAAGAAAGAAGAAAGGACACAAAAAUAAAAAAAAUAGAAAAAACAGAAAGAAAAAUCCGUGCGAUACAAAAUUUCAAAAUUUCUGCAUUCAUGGAGAAUGCAGAUAUAUAGAGAACCUGAAAAGAGUAACGUGCAAUUGUCAUCAGGAUUACUCUGGUGAACGGUGCGGGGGAAAAUCCAUGAAGACUCACAGCGCGGUUGAUGGUGAUUUAUCAAAAAUUAUGUUAGUAGUCAUAACUGCCUUUGUCUCGGCCGUGAGCUUCGCAGUUGUUGCUGCUGUUAUUGCAAUCCAGCUUCGAAAACGAUACUUCAGGGAAUAUGAAGGAGAAGCUGAAGAACAAACGAAACUUCGACAAGAAAAUGGAAAUGCACAUGCCGUAGCAUAA